UCAUGUCAUGGCGAAGUUAGUGGAGUAUUUCCUCGUCUGCGGCCUCGGUCCAGAGGUCCAGGCGUCGAAUGGCGCCCGCGGCUACCACGGGAGUACCGGCGUCUCCUAUAGUCCAUCGCUGCUGGAUCAGUUCCCUCCGGCUUCCACAGAUCGACCUCCUCCGCCGCCCCAACUUCCAAUGUGCGUUCUACCGGGUGGAGUGGCAUUUCAUUCGACUGGAUUCAUAAUCACGGACGAAUCGAGCUAUCCUCGCAGCUAUCCAAUUAUCUUAACUGACGGCGAUGGAUCUAAGAUCUACGUUAGCUGCGUUGCCUUUCGAGAUCCAGUUGAUGAGGAUAUUGCCGAGGCAUACCGCAUUCCUGCGAACUCAUACGUAGACAAAUGUAUAUGUCUGGUGUCACACUCGCCUUGCUUUAGAUUGUUUGCAGAGGCGCUGGAAGAGCUUCACCGGCUGUGUUUCUCUCCCUCUGGAUCAAGUAAACCACUCUGGGACAUUGUGGCACAUAUGGUAACGUCUGUGCCACUUCCCACUCCUGGACAGAGCCAAGUUUUGUUUUCUCUGGAAAGCCGUCUUCUGUGUAUAGAUAUGCCUCCGAAGGGCGGUUUUCCUCACGCAGACAUGUCAUUUCAACCUCUCCUACAAUGCUUGGAUGUAGAUAAUGUUUUGCAGCUCUUUGUUUCUAUUCUUCUUGAGAGACGGGUUCUUCUUCGGGCUAACAAGCUUUCGUUGUUGACAAUGGUUGCGGAAGCUGUAUGCCAUCUUAUCUAUCCAAUCAAGUGGCAGCAUGUGUACAUUCCAGUAUUAUUUUACGCUGGAGUCGACUACAUUGAGGCUCCGACUCCCUAUUUGAUGGGUCUUCAUUCGGCUGUUGACAUCUCUAACUUUUCGCUGGACGGGGUGGUGGUUGUGGAUCUGGAAAACAAUCAGAUAUUUUCCUCAGAAGCCAUACCUCCUCUUACGGAACCUGAAGGCUCAAUUCUGCGAAGAGACCUUGUGCGCUUACUGUAUCCAAAUGUAGUUCAUUUGGAUCGUGCUCGUAAAACAAUUGGCGAUCCCUGCUAUGAUGAUCUAAGGCUUGGAAAUAAGAAAUGGAAUGAGAAACAUGAUUUGGAACUGAGGCUUAUUUUUCUCCAGUUUUUUGCAUCAGUUUUGCCUGACUACCGCAAAUUUGUGGGCAGUGCUCACGUAGCGAUGAAUGUUUUCAAUACGCAAGCUUUCUUGAAAAAACGUGCAAGAGCCCUUGGACGUCAACCUGAUCCCAUGGCAAGUCUUUGGCUUUUUCGUGGUUUGUUUUUUUUUUUUUUACUGGUUUACGGUGUGCAGAUUUUUCAGCUAUUGAACUCCCAAGGAUUUAUGGAUUUUCUGGAUCGAGGAUAUGGUGCACCUGAUGCGGGUUUAAAUCUUGUGGAUAAACUUCAGAGUGUUAUCGCUAAUAGCGAAUCUCGUGGAGCAAUUCUACCUCUGCCGUACGACGAGCCUGAAAUCAUAACCGUUGCAGAUAUACAGAGUAAAGGUCCAGCUGCGAGGUCAAGAUUUUGUUAUGAUCGAUUUCCUGCCAACGUGAGGACUCAGUUUGAGGAGGAGAAACGAAGUGCGAUUUUGGCUAAAGCAAACGCAAGUUUCGACCGUCCCAAUAGACCAGCUGUUUCAAGUCCUGUUUCAGGGAGUUUCAGUCCACGAGAAAGAGCUGCUGAGCGGGACCGCAUGGUGCUCGACAUAAAAGUCAAACUCCAGGGAUUGUGGCUACGGCUUCUCAAUUUAAGUUCUGUAGAGGAUCCCUUUUCGUCGUUUGAAUAUGGCACCAUACUCGCUUUGAUUGAGUCCGAUGCGGAAGGUAUUGGUGGAAGUGGAUUUGUUGAGUGUGUCAGGGAGCAUAUUCACUCGGGGUGGCAAUGUCGUGUUUCCGAGGAACAAUUUGUGGCAGUUAAAGAGCUUGUGAAAACCAUUGUCAAUCGUGCUACUUCACGCAAUGAUAUGGAAACAGUUCGGGAUGCACUGGAGAUUUCUGCCGAAGUUCACCGUCGUGAUGCUGGCAAUAUUUUAGACUUUGUACAACGUCAUUUGGGGUCUUUGCCAGUUUGGGACGACAUACGUUUCUGGGAAGGAUAUUGUGAGUAUAUAAUGGAACGUUCCUCUGAUAGGACUGGGAAGUAUGCUGAUCUUGUAACCGAACAACUUGUCGUCAUAGCUCGGCACCUGGCUGGUUUGAAAGUUCCGGAUCCAGAGGCCUGGCUAAUUCUUGAGUCAUUAGCAUUGAAGAAUAAUCUUGGAUCAAAGCAACUGAUAAAAUUAAGAGGCAUUUUAGCUCAUGUACAGAAUGUGAAACAAGGUUACUGGGGAAAACUACCUACAUCAAGAGCACAGCCAGUAGCCUCUUAUCCUCAAGAUCGACAAGAAAACGAUGACAGUCAGAGCUCUCAAGCGGCGGGUGCUGGAAGAAGCUGGAUGCAAAGUAUGUUUAGCAGGGAUCGCGCCUCGUUCAGACAACCUGCCAACGACGGUCGAGGUCGUACGGACGCACCUGUUUCAGGCUCAAGGCAGAAUCAGCGAGCCAAUGUAGACAGUACGCAGGCAGUGAAACGGUCUCCAGCUUUGCGAAACCUUCGUGGUCAUACAGGUCCUGUGACAGCAUUGCACGUGGGAACGAGAAGUGAAAUGGGGGAUCUUGUCGGCGAAAAUGAACCAGGCAUGUUUAUAAGUGGAUCUGCUGACUGCACGUUAAAAAUAUGGGAUCCAACCGUGCGUGGUUCUGAGUUUCGAGCAACAUUAGAAGGACACACGGCGACAAUUCGUGCAAUAUCGUCCGAUAAGCUGCGUAUAGUUUCCGGUGGCGACGAUACUCUUGUACUUAUCUGGGACAAGGCUACGUCUCAGAACAGCAUGAAGCUCGACGGUCACAGAGAAAAGAUAAGCUGCGUGAGGAUGCUGUCGGAGGAACGAGUUCUUUCGGCGUCCCAUGAUGGCACGGUCAAGAUGUGGGAUGCCAGAACGGACGCAUGCGUUGCCAACGUGGGACAAUCUUCGAGUGCAAUUCUAUGCAUGGACUACGAUGACACUACGAGAAUCCUUGCUGCCGCAGGAAUGGACGGAGUUGUGAAAGUCUGGGAUGUCCGAGCUGGGAAACAGGUUCAUAUGCUUCUCGGUCACAAGAAGUGGAUAAGAACUUUGAGAAUGGUGAAGGAUACGAUCGUCACUGGAAGUGACGACUGGACAGCGAGGGUGUGGUCUGUGUCUCAAGGUUCUUGCGACGCAGUCCUUGCAUGUCACGCAGGUGGAAUCACCUGCGUGGAGUACUCUGCUACAGACGAUGGAAUCAUCACAGGUUCGGCAGAUGGUCUGGUUCGCAUUUGGGAGUAUCAAAACGGAGGCUUGCUUCAGUGCGUGAAAAACGUCGGUGUCCACGUUUCGCCCAUUCUCUCCGUGAAAGCAGGGCCCCGGUGGCUGGCAAUAGGCGCCGGAGAUAACUCCAUGUCCCUGUUCCACAAGGCGGAGCAAAACGACCAAGCAAAGGGAAUGGCGGGAUGGCAGCUCUACCGCACUCCACAACGUAGCGCCGCAGUGGUGAGAUGCGUUGCUUGUGAUGCGGACAGAGGAAGGAUUUGUAGCGGCGGCCGCAAUGGGCUUCUUCGUCUCUGGGAACCAAACCUCUAGAAAUUUUAAAACGAAGUGAAUAUGCGUUUUUUUUAUUUUUGUAAGAACUCGUGAUCUAAGUCAUUGGCGGGACGAAAUCCUGGUUGGUUUUGUGUGUAAA